AUGGCCGCAAAGGACGCCACGCCGUUGGGCUUCGUGAACGUGAGCAGGGAAACGACAGAGAGCAUCAGGAAGGUGCUGGACAAACAGGCCAUUAAAUUCGUGCGAGCCAUCAAGCAGGAGACAAGAAGCGGCAAAUCAGAGGACAGAAUCCUGGUCCUGGCAACAUGGAGACUGUAUCUCUUUGCUGUCAAAGUGCCCACCAAGAUGGAGGUCACUUUCAACUUUUUGGAAAUCAGAGCAAUGAACACCUACCCGGAGCACCAGGUCAUCAUCGACACAGACAAGACCACCUACACGCUGAGGCUACAGGGCCAGGACCAGCUGGACCACAUGGUCAGCCACAUCAACUAUGCCCUGUCCCGAGUCUUCAACAACUCCAUUUAUGCUCCUCCUAUCUGCCGCGCAGAGGGAGACCUGCCUGAUGGAAGUCACAAGUUUUCACCGAAUUCGGAAUCAUCUCUAGAGCAUCCGAAAACAUGCGGUGGCUUCUCUGAGACUUAUGCAGCUCUCUGCGACUAUAAUGGAAUUGGCUGCAAAGAAGAAGUACAGUGGGAUGUGGACACAAUCUACCACUCUCAGGACAACAGGGAGUUCAACUUGCUGGAUUUCAGCCACCUUGACAGCAGGGACUUGGCUGUGAUCGUGGCGUCCAUUGCAUACAACACCUGGUUCACCAAGCUGUACUGCAAAGACAUGCGCAUAGGGUCGGAGGUGGUGGACCAGGUUCUGCACACGGUCAGCAAGUCCAACAGCCUGGAGGAGCUCACGCUGGAGAACGCUGGACUCAAAUCGGAUUUUCCACAGAAGAUGGCGUCGGCGCUGUCUGAGAAUCCAGCCUCUGUGAUUCACUCUCUCAACCUGGCUCAUAACACACUUGACAACCAAGGAGUCUCCAACCUGAUUCAACAGGUGUGCCGGCUCAACAAGGGCCUGCGUCUCCUCAAUCUGUCAAAGACCUCCCUCUCCUCCAAAGGAGUUGUGUCGUUGUCCCAGGCUCUGUGCUCAAGUGAUGACUACUCCAAUUCUCUGCUGCACCUGGACCUCAGCAAAAACCCCGGGGUUCUGUCUGGAGAAGAUGCCACAAACCUCUACCUGUUCCUGGCCCAGCCCAACUGCCUGGUCCAUCUGGACCUGUCCGGGACAGACUGCACUGUGGACUCGUUAUUUGGGGCCUUGCUGCGAGGCUGCUGUGCUGACCUCUCCUACCUGAAUCUGUCCAAGAACUCCUUCUCUCACAGAAAAGCGAGAGACUCUCUGCCAACUUUCCGCCAGUUCUUCAGCUCAGCGUUUAGCCUCACUCAAGUUAGCCUGGCCUCUAUGAAGGUCCCCCCCGAUUCGCUGAGGGCUCUAUUCCUGGGUUUGUCCAAUAACCCCCAUAUCUCUGAUUUACACCUGGACAUCAGCAGCUGUGAGGAGCUUUUUCCUCGUGUUUCCUGCGUGGGGACUUUAGACAUUUCUGAUAAUGGUUUGGAUGCCGACCUGCUGGCUGUCCUCCCGGCCUUCUCCCGGCACCCCUCCCUGAAACACCUGAUGCUGGGGAAGAAUUUCAACAUCAAGGGCCGGGUGCUGGAUGAAGUCCUGCAGAAGCUGGUUCAUUUGGUGCAAGAAGAAGAGUGUGCCCUGCAGUCCCUCUCUCUGGCUGACUCCAGGCUCCGCCAGCGGGGCACAGUGCUGGUGAACGCCCUGGGCUCCAACGCCUGUCUGCGCAAGGUGGACCUAAGUGGCAACCUCCUGGAAGACUCGGGGGCAAAGAUGCUCAGCAAAGCUCUGCAAAUCAACACAACCCUCAGGAGUGUGACGUGGGAUCGCAACAACACCACGGCAACCGGCUUCCAGGAUGUGGCGAGGGCGCUGGAGCACAACUUCACCCUGCAGUACAUGCCCCUCCCCCUCAGUGACAUCAGCCAGGCGUACCGCGGCGCCCCGGAGAAGACUGACCACGCCCUGGCCAAGAUCCAGCGAGCUCUUCUCCGGAACAACCAGACUCAGCGUUUCUCUCAGAAGCAGGCUCUCCGGCUGCACCAGGGCCUGGUCACCAGCACCGCCGAGCAGGUGAUGGAGCGUCUCUGCGUGCGGGUGCAGCAGCAGGUCUGUGUCCUGAAAAGUUGUGAGGAUGGAGAGGAGGUUCAGAACGCCAGGCAGAUCCUCAAAGAGGCCAGGAACUCCAGAGCUCUGUAUCCGUCUCUGUGCGAGCUGGCCCACGUCCUGUCGGUGGACGGCCCCGUCAGACAGCGGCUGGACACUCUGGCCGGGGAGCUGGCCAAGGCUGCCGACAAAGAGCUGCAGGUGGUGGUGGACUCCAUGGUGUCCCUGUGUCGGGAGCUGUGCCCCAUGUCCUGCUCGGCCGCCGACCGGCUCAGCCCGCCUCUCUCCUCCAUCUCCGAACAAGUCUCCAUCCCCCGCUCGGCCAUCCGCAACGCCAUGAUGGAGCGGGCCGCCGAGGACAUCAACAGAGCGCUGGAAGAGGUGAAGCUGUCCGUGGUCUCCUACCUCACUAACUCCAUAGUGGAUCAGAUUCUGCAGGAGCUCUACACCACCCAUAAAACACUGCUCCGGCAGGUGUCUCAAGCGAAGCGGUGGGACGAUGUCGGGACGGGCAGACGGACGGUCAGACAGUCCAGACUAGUGGAGUCUCUAGACUUCCCCGAUGAGGACUUUGGAGUCAACUUGGGAAUUGACACCAUGGCCAUCAAGAAGAGGAGCUCUAGAACUAGAAGAAUCCGUCCCGUCUCCACCAGACUGAGUCUGGGUGAUGAGCCCAGUCCCUCCCCCACCCCGUCUGCGCCCCCCCACUCCGCCUCCCUCUCCCACUCGGGAUCCAUCACCCACUCGGCGUCGUGGGAGUGUCUGUCCACGCUGCCCACCAACGGAUCCCCUUUGCGGCACGUGACCCACGUCAGGCCGCGUCCACCUCGGAGGCACCGGGCCGUGCACCUGCCCCCCGAAUCGCAUUGCUCUGAGAACGGAGGCGUCAGUAUGCUGGAGGAUGGGCUGCCUGAUUUCUACAGCAAGAGAGUCCUCCCUGACAGUCAGCUGUCUUCCCUCCAUCAGACCCAGUCUCUGAGGAGGAAGAAAAGACGCAGCGUGCUGUCCAUCUUCUCGGGCUUCCGCAAGAACCGUAACUCCACCAUCUCCCAUCAGGACUUGGACGGCGCCUCGGAGAACGUCUACUCCAUGAUCCAGCACCCUAAAGACGCGGCCAGGCUGGAGGACGUCAUCCCCGGGGCUAACGGGGCCACGCCGUCCCCCCAGAUAACUCAGGGCGUGCCUGCUCACGGGAUGAGGGCGGUCAGCCCUCCCUGUCUCAUCCAAAGACAGUCCACAGACCUGGUCAGCAUGGUGUACAGCUGCAUCGGGGCAGAGAUCGACGACUCCGACGGCAGCAGCAACUGUGACCUGAAGGCGUCAGACCACGACGCCGACAGGCCGUUGGGCAUCUCGGACCCCCCCGCCGACCCCCUGAGCAACGGCCACGGGCUGCCCUCCAAACAGCAGACGGACAGGCAGAUGGACACCGGUCGGCAGGAGAGGAUCGUCCCUCUGACGGAGACAGCAGAGGACGCUCAGAGCGCCGGGUCCAGGACCCCCUGCGGGUCCAGGACCCCCUGCGGGUCCAGGACCCCCUGCGGGUCCAGGACCCCCUCCGGGUCCAGGACCCCCUGCGGGUCCAGGCCCGAGCCGCCCCCGCAGAGCGCCAAGCCCAGCCUGGCUGCGAUGAGGCAGAGACACCUACAGGAGAGUUUGGAAGAGGCGGGGCGGCUGGAGAUGGAGGACCAAAGUGAGAGAAUCCAGGAAGAGAAGCCGAGAGGGCGAGGGCCAGAGGGACAGCGUCCUCUCAUCGCCAAAAAGCCCAGCAUCGACCCGUCGAGAGACAAAACCUCCCCGGAAAAGACCAAGACUUCGCCGAAAACCUCUUCUGAAGCUCCAGAAAAACACACCAGCGCUCAGGGGGCCGUCCCCCCCGCUCAGCCUGCCGGGGAGGACAGAGGGAGCGAGGAAAAGCCCGCCGUGGAGGCCCCCGACCCCCCCCUCAACGCUCACGACAGGAUCAUUAAGUCGCUCAACACAGAGGAUGAGGAGGGGGGCCGGAACGGACAUCCAGCAGCAUCCCGCCACACCAGGAAGUCCAGCUCCUUUGACAGAGGCGUGGAGCAGGACAUCCCCUAUGAUCUGGAGAGGUCCUCAGAUCGCAGAUUCCCCCCGAAAAAGCCCCGUUUCCCCCAGUACAGAAACAGAUCUCUGGACUGCCCUGCUGGGACCGGGUGUUACGAAAGCCCCCCGCUCGGUAACAGAGACGCAGUAUGA